UCAUUCCAAAUACACCACUAAAAAAAAUUCUCUGCUCCUUCAAUGGCGUCGUUGAUCGAUUCCGUCACCGUGACCCGCGUAUUUUCUCUCCCGAUUGCGGCUUCGAUUUCAUCUACUUCAGCUGGUCCGUCGGUUUCAGGACGCCGGAUUUCCCCAGUCAGGUUUCUGGAAUUCAGAGGUUUGAAAUGUUCGCGGAGUUUGGUGACUCAGUCAGCGAGUCUUGGUGCGAAUCGUAGAUCCAGAGCUGCUCGCGGUGGAAGAAUCGCUUGUGAGGCUCAGGACACCACUGCUGCCGUCGAAGUACCAAACCUGUCUGAUUCAGAAUGGCAAACACAGGUUCUGGAAUCAGAUGUUCCAGUAUUGGUCGAGUUCUGGGCACCAUGGUGUGGACCGUGCCGUAUGAUUCACCCCAUAGUUGACCAACUGGCCAAGGAUUUCGCAGGGAAGUUCAAAUUCUACAAAAUCAACACCGACGAGAGCCCAAACACAGCGAACCGUUACGGGAUACGCAGCGUUCCAACAGUAAUCAUCUUCAAAGACGGUGAGAAGAAAGAUAGUAUCAUUGGAGCUGUCCCUAGAGAGACAUUGGAGAAAACUAUAGAAAGAUUCUUGGUCGAGUAACAAAAUUUGACUAUUUUGUCACUCAGAACCAUUUUACCUUAUCUUCUCUGUUGUAAUCUGUGUAAAGUCUUUUGAGUUUUUGACUAUAAAUGUUAUCGUGGGUCCUCUUUGUCUGGUUUAAUCAAAAAAAUAAAUCCACCGACGCCAUGAGAAGCAUAA